CCAUACAGCUUUCGGUGUGUUUUUCAGUUCAUUACUCUCUCAGUUUUCAUUUUAGAUUACCUCUCUCUCUCUCUCUCUCUCUCUCUCUCUCUCUCUCUCUCUCUCUCUCUCUCUCUCUCUCGCGGUUGUUUUCUUCAAUCAUACAAACAAAUUCCCCAAGGUUUUGAGAUCAAUCUCAUGGAGGAUCGCAAAGAGAAAGUGGCUCCAUGGCUGAGUGUUCCACAAUUUGGAGAUUGGGAGCAAAAGAGAGAGGUGCCUGAUUAUUCGGUUGAUUUCUCAAAAAUAAGGGAAAAUAGGAAACAGCACAAAAGGGAUUUGUCAAGGGCAAGCAUUGGCAAUGAGGAGCAACUGAUGGCCUCAUCAGCCACUUCCACCACCACCACCACCACCACAGACGCAUCUCAUUUUCAUGCUCAUGAGAAUCAUCAAUUGAAUCAUUCAAACACCAACUCCCCAACGACAAGGAAGAGCAUACUAAGCUACUUCAACUGUUGUGUGAAAGCAUGAUCACAACCUCAAAGUUCACCAAUCUUGACUAAUGCUGUGUUGGUUUCUCUCAGGUUUUUUUUUUGUUUUCACAUUUGGUUUGUGAGUUACUAUAUGAACAAGGAACUCCUUUAAUUGAAGCUAGAUAGAUAUAUAAUUCUUCUUUAUUUCUUGCUCCUAACCUACUUUUCACUGGAAAAAAAAAGGAGAAAAAAAGAAGAAAAUGUUGAACCUUUUCUUGUGGGUAUGUAAUAUGCAUUCUUAAUAGAAUGUAAUUA